UGUGUAACUCCCAUCCUCCCAAGUGUAAUGGUAGACCUAUAAGUAAGUGUUUAUGUUUAGAUUUUUUCAUUAUUAUCGAUACAUUCCGUAAAUAGAGAAAGUCAAAAGUGACUAAUUGUUCCGUAAUUAGUGACAUUAACCUAGGAAAAUCAUGGAGUCUACUGUAAAGUCUGAGCCAAUGGAUUCUGCUGAAUGGCCAGAAGACAUGGCCGAUGUCAAAGUUGAGAUUGACAUAGACUACACCAUGUCCUGGCUUGGCAAGCAGGAGAUUCUGCAUGAAGAACAGGUGACAUCCAUCCCAGUAAAAGUGAAUGAAACAACUCUUCAUGACGAAGGCGUAGAUAUGGAGAAGAACGAAUGUAAAGAAAAAGGACAACUAUCCAGCAAAGAGACAACUCUACUCACUGCCCAUAUCAAACUGGAUUGCAAUGAAGUGCUAGAUAGAAUUUCCACAGCAUCAAACCAAAGGCAGAACUCAAAUAAUGAUUUUGAGCCAUCAUUAGCUGGCAGUGGGAGUGAUUCCUCUGCAGAAGAGGAGGGAGAAGGUAGCAAGGAAGAAGUAAGAGGAGAAGAAGGUUUUGAAGAAGAGAGGGUGUUAUGCAAAACAAAAAUUGAAAAACCAAAUAUGUGUUGUUUCUGUGGAAAAAGUUUCUCCAGAUCUAGUCAUUUGACUGUUCAUAUGCGUUCUCACACUAAAGAGAAGCCUUACCCAUGUACAGUCUGUACAAAAAUGUUCUCCACUUCUAGUCAAUUGACUGUUCAUAUGCGUUCUCACACUAAAGAGAAGCCUUACCCAUGUACAGUCUGUACAAAAAGGUUCUCCACAUCUAGUGAUUUGACUGUUCAUAUGCGUACUCACACUAAAGAGAAGCCUUACCCAUGUACAGUCUGUACAAAAAGGUUCUCCACUUCUAGUGAUUUGACUGUUCAUAUGUGUACUCACACUAAAGAGAAGCCUUACCCAUGUACAGUCUGUACAAAAAUGUUCUCCUUUCCUAGUCAAUUGACUGUUCAUAUGCGUUCUCACACUAAAGAGAAGCCUUACCCAUGUACAGUCUGUACAAAAAGGUUCUCCACAUCUAGUGAUUUGACUGUUCAUAUGCGUACUCACACUAAAGAGAAGCCUUACCCAUGUACAGUCUGUACAAAAAGGUUCUCCACUUCUAGUGAUUUGACUGUUCAUAUGUGUACUCACACUAAAGAGAAGCCUUACCCAUGUACAGUCUGUACAAAAAUGUUCUCCUUUCCUAGUGAUUUGACUGUUCAUAUGCGUACUCACACUAAAGAGAAGCCUUACCCAUGUACAGUCUGUACAAAAAUGUUCUCCAAAUCUAGUCAUUUGACUGUUCAUAUGCGUUCUCACACUAAAGAGAAGCCUUACCCAUGUACAGUCUGUACAAAAAGGUUCUCCACUUCUGGUGAAGUGACUGUUCAUAUUAGGCAUGCACAUACUAAAGAGAAGCCUUACCCAUGUACAAUCUGUACAAAAAGGUUCUCCACUUCUAGUGAUUUGACUGUUCAUAUGCGUACUCACACUAAAGAGAAGCCUUACCCAUGUACAGUCUGUACAAAAAUGUUCUCCACUUCUAGUGAUUUGAUUGUUCAUAUGCGUACUCACACUAAAGAGAAGCCUUACCCAUGUACAGUCUGUACAAAAAUGUUCUCCACUUCUAGUCAUUUGACUGCUCAUAUGCGUACUCACACUAAAGAGAAGCCUUACCCAUGUACAGUCUGUACUAAAAUGUUCUCCACUUCUAGUCAUUUGACUGUUCAUAUGCGUUCUCACACUAAAGAGAAGCCUUACCCAUGUACAGUCUGUACAAAAAGGUUCUCCACUUCUAGUUAUUUGACUGUUCAUAUGCGUUCUCACACCAAAGAGAAGCCUUUCCAGUGUUCAGUCUGAGGAAAAACAUUCUCUCAGUCUGUACAUUUGAAACGACAUAUGCAUACCCACACGGUUUUAUUAACUCAAUUCCUUCUUCUCUAUUGGUGUGUUUCUGUGUGAUAUGUUUUCAAAAAUGAAAAAUAUUAGGCUUUUCAUAUUUUAUUAUCAUUUGGACCUACGUUUCAUGAUAGGUUGUAUGUAGUUACAUAAUGUUGUGCUAUGGUGCUUGUAAAGUGAAGAGUCUCUUAUAGUAAAGUCCACGUUAUAAUAGCAGUGGAGAAAGAUAGGAGAAAAUUCGCUGUGGAUCCUCUGUCUUGUCAAUGCCUCCGAUAGAUGGUAGCUUAUACAUGUUCAUUGAUAUAAUAUUAACUGUUCAUUCUCAUUUCAAAUAAUCAACUAUAUUUUAUUAAGCUAUAAAUUAGGCCUUUAUUUUCAAUAAUUUCAUGAUGAAUUUACAUAAUUAAGAUGAAAUAUUUUGUUUAUUACUUUGUUGAAUGAAAGACAAGGAAAGCAAUACCAUUGCUAAUCAAACACUGCCAUUAUAACGUGGACCUCACCAUAGUAUAGAUUUAUUGUAAACUUCAUUGUAUUUUAGUUUAGGUUUUGUUAACUUCUCGAGCUAAGCCUAUUUUAGCAACCAUCUUUCUUUUCCUCAGCCUGCUUAUGCAUCAAUCUACUUCAAACUCUGGCUCAUUAUUACUUUAUUUUCAAAUGGAUUGUAAUAACUAUCAUAAAUUUAUGUUCUCAUAAAUGAUUAAUAAUACUUGUAAUGUAUGUAUUAUAAAUAUUUUCUUGGUAUCGAAUUUGAAUAAAUCAUGUAUUGAAGUGGAUUACGAUUAUUUCACUAGGAAUGUUGUAAGAAUAGAGCAUAACAGAAAAAAUGCUCACAAACUGGGUUCUGAGUACAUGAGUGAGAAGGUUUUUAUUUCGUUGCCAACCCAGGAAGUACAGGCACUUGGCCUAUCCAAGAAAAGGACUAAUGACUGGUUGAUUGAUAGAAUUUAUCAAUGCAAUGUCCAUAUAGUUGAAAAGCUGUAUGAGAUGAAACCUUGCUUUAAAUGUUUGACCACCAAUUUUCCCAAACAUCAUGAAAAUUUUGAGUUUAAGUUAUCGAUUGACUGAACAUUUUCUCUUCAGAAUUCAUCAUUCUACAAUAAACUCCAAUAGCCUAGUUCAAAAUACCUAUCAAUCACCAUGCAAACAAGUUGACCUCUUUUAAAGCAAGAAAAAAAAGAAUUUUUUUGCAAUGUUGCACUAUUUUUAAAAAUUUUGUAGCCAUGAAAAAAUAUAAAAAAUACCACUUUCCCCCAUGUUUGUUUGGCUAAUCCAUCGACAACAAUGUGAUACAUGGUUGACCUCCCCAAACGAUCUAUGUAGGUUUCAAUACUGGACUCUGCAGCCCAUUUUGCAGCCUCCACUCCUCUGUCAAUCCUGCAAACUGUGGAAGCAGACAUCUAUUUCCCCUUUUCAUUUCAAGAAUAAUACCUCUCAGACUUCAGUUAAAAGAAAUAAAAAAGAUUCAUUCAUAUAAUUAUUUCAUCAGGACACAAAAUACAAUAGUCACACUUUCUACCAUUAAAAUGACAAUAGGAUGUAUUAUAUAACAAUAUUUCUGUCAUAGCAAUAGGCCUACUAAGUUAUAACAUAGAGAAACAAUAGCAUAAGUAGAUAUCCCAUCCCUUUGAACUCUACAAGGAGUUCCAGGCAAGUCUUCGUAAAUUGGAUGGCCAGAAUGGUUCCCAGCUCAGCCUCUCACUCCGCACACAGCAGCGAGCCUCCCAGGUCGAAUGGCCAGCAAUCAUUCCGACUCAAGCUCGAAUGGCCAGCAGUGCUGGCCGUUCUACACAUAUUUUUCAAUAGUCUACAAGUAAUCAGGCAAAACAAUGAACUCUCUGUUCAGUGGCGCGAUCUAUAGACAAAAUAUUGAACUAUCAGAAGCGUCCAUUUUGAAGAAUUCAAAAUAAACCAGUAGAAUCGUGUACAAAGGAGAAAAUGUUGUUAGUAUGAGAAAUACCUACUAUUAUUUCUAAUUACUACUAUUAUUAUAAGUAAUAGUAGG